GUUUAGGUCGGAUGAAACAAAGCUGGUCAGGCGAGAUUUCACGAGAUUUUGGCCGUAGCUGUAUCUCUUCUAGCCACAACAGUGACUUCUCGAGAAGGUUUUAUGCGACUACUCAUUUUGGCUCUCCAGUCCAGAACCCCUUUCAAAUUAGCAGAGAAACACUGAGCAGGUAAAAAUAUGUCUGAAGCUCCACUUCCUAAGAAAAUGAAGCAGACUGACAUAAGAACUUCAUUAAGUUGUCAAAGAAUGAAUAAAGUGCCAAAAGAAGAAGUUGAAGAGAGACCCGCAAAAGAUCAGCGGCAGAAAGCAGAAGAGAAAACUUUCAAGUUUCGAUUAAACUCUGAAACAUAUUCAGUGGCUUGUGAUGCAUCCAUGACUGUACUAGACGCUCUGAAUACAAGUCAGAUCUUCAAGAAGGAAAAAGAAAAAUUUACAAACAGAGACAAAGCUGUACUUAUUCAAAUAUCAAGAGAAAUGCCAAGAGCCGCUGUGAAGACAGAUUUCCCCUGCUGUCUUAUUGAUGAUGAUGAGAUUAUAGAUGUAACCUUCAUUAAAAAUGAUGAAGAUGCUUCUAAUCAACGAAAUAUUACUGAAAAAGGGCAACAUUCAUCACGCAGUAACCCUAAGAUGUUUGUCACUUUCUGUGUUGCAAAAAAAGGAGGAGAGAAAGUGAAUGUCUUACUUAAGAGCGAAGCUUUAAGAGGCAGAGUUGAGUAUGUUUGUGUUUAUGCACACAAAGAAGAGACAUUGAAAAGAGCUCUUAAGCGUGAUGGAAGAUUCAAGAAAAUCAUAUUCAAAAAACACUGUGCACUAUCUGAGAUUGGUACAGAGAGCAAGCAUGAAAUGUCACACCCUGUUAAACACCUUAACCAAAAGGUGUUCAAAGUAGUUGUUAUCAGUAAUGCCAUACUGCCAGAAAGUCUAGAAGAGUGGACUUCUCAAGUGGACCCUGAACCUGAUAUAGUGUCAGAUGCUGAGGUGGCAGAUGGUGUUGACAUCAACCAGAACCCUGUUAACAAUAAGCACAAAACAAAACAAGAUAAAAACCAAGGAAAGUCUACAGGUUCUUCAGAUAAACGGCCUGCACCUAAAGUCAUUCCAAACACUGAAGAGAUUUCGAAAAUUCUGCGUGAUCAGUUUAAAGGUUUACAAGAAAAGCUAAAGGAGCGAGAAAACCUCAAGAAUAAAUCUCAGGUGCAGAACUUCUACAGAGAAGAAUUUGAUAAAAGUGUUGAGGAUUUCUUAGAGGUAAAGAAAGUAAAGAGGCUUACAAAUCUCUCAAACUCUGUAUGUCAGAUUCGAUCCGAUGGGUCUGCCAGAGGAACUGGAUUCUUGCUCUUCAACAGAUUCGUCCUCACUAAUGCACAUGUGAUUGGGUUCCCUAAAAUGUUCGACCCUGCAGAAUUCACAGCUGUAUUUGGUUAUGAAGAUCUGGAUCAGAAUGGAACCAAGCAUGUACAGAUCAAACACCUCAAAUUUUCCUUUCAUGGCAAAGACGACAAGGGUAACCAUCUUGACUAUGCUCUUCUUGAACUGAAUUCGGCUGAUGAAAUUUCAGGGUGUCCUGAAUUGUUGCAUAAUUACAGAAACAACUCGCCUAAUAACAAAAGUCAGAUCUGCAUUGUAGGUCAUCCAAAUGGUGGGGUGAAGAAAAUGGAUCCGUGUUUCGUCAUUGGGAGAGAAAAUCGACAAGAGGCUGAACACAAACAUGUAUCUGAAAAUGUUGAAUUCUAUCAUGUUAUAUCACAACAAUCUUUGAAGGAAAAAUGGCAGUUUCAUGAGAACCAAAUAGCUUAUGACUCUUGUUUCUUUCAUGGAUCUUCCGGCUCUCCGGUUUUUGAUGCGGACUGCAAACUGAUCGCUAUUCACACCGGUGGCUAUGUGUACCCAGGAGAAGGAAAAAAAACUAGGAGUGUUAUGGAAUACGCUUAUGCCAUGCAGCCAAUCUUAGAUGACAUCAAAGCAAAAGCACGACUGCAAGGUAAUAAAGAGAUCUUAGAUAUCUUAGAAGGUAACAGCAAUGGAAGCGAUGAGUCCAGCAAUGAAGAGCAACCAAAUCAAACGGACACUCCGAUGGAAAUUUAAUAGAACCAGAUUCCUUAUCACACUUGUUUCUUCAAUGGAUUCUUCUGGUUUGCAGUUUUGGAUGAAUACUGCUAUCCAAAUGAUACCCACACAGAUGGUUUUACUCACAAAAAGAUGAGAGAUUGCUAGGAAACAUAUAGGAUGGUAGAAUACGCUUAUUCUCUGAAGCCAAUCCUGGGAAACAUCAAAAUACAGAUGAAGAACAAGGAGGAGAGCAAAAGACAAGAUUUGUUAGUCCCUUUGUGUGUCCAGGGUUAUGCACCAGACAAACCUGAAUAAAGAAGGGCUUUUAUUGCUGAAUUUAAAGUUGAACCGUGAUAUUUUAUAAUAAUAUAUAUUGGGUAAUACACAAAUAACAUUGUGAUCAUGUUUAAUUGUCAGAUUCAGUUAUAUCAUUGUUUUCUAGUAUUUCUGUUUCACUGUCCAUUGUACCUGAGUGUGUUGUCCUUCAUUUCGUUUAGUUCAGUUUUGCUUGCAGCCCUUGUUUUAGUUUGCCAUGUUUUUUUUAUUUAAUAAGUUCUUGGAUUAGCCAACUUAUUAAAGUAUAUGUGAAGUGUUUAUUUUGUUUGUGCUUGAUGGAUCCAUACACAACAUCACAGAUGAAUACAUGAAUUACAUGCAAUGUUUAUUACAAAUUACAUGAGUGUGUCUUUUGCAGGAAGUAUAUUUUGGUGUUGGUGUACAAUAAAUUAUAUGUCAUUUUAAUGAUGUUUUAGCUUUUAAGUUUUCUGGCUCUGUAGAAUUUUGUGAACAUCCUGCAAGAGAGAGAAAUGUCAUCAGACUUUGCUAAUGAUUAAUCAUUGAUGAAUUUAAAGCUCAAAAAAACUUAUUUGUAUAUCAAUCUAAACCACAUUA